AUGGCUAGAUUACAAUCAAAUUUUGAUUUAAUAUCAUCAUAUUGUCAACCAACAUUUAAUAUUGAAAAAUAUCAAUCAAAACAAACGGGGAUGAAAUUAUAUCAUAUUAAUGUACCGCUACCUUUAAUUAAACUUGAGAUAUGUGUACAAACAAAACCAUAUGAUGAUACUGGUUGUGCACAUACAUUAGCUGAUUCAUUCAAAUUAGAGAAAGCAAUUCUUAUUAAACUGCAUCAUAAAAGAUCAAUUGUAACUAUUUUCUUUAAUCUCGAUGUUCGAUAA